AUACAUUUCAACAAAGCAAACAGCUGAAUAAAAGGGUCGACUUGACAUCAACCAAUAAGUCAAGUUAACUGUCUUCCUGGCAUCAUGCAUGGUCUUCACAAAUUUCUGCUUUUCCCUCUUCUAAUGUGUCUUGGACGAAGUGCAGUUGGGAGUAGAAUCAUACAUGGAAAUAAAGUCUCAGCGAACUCAAUGCUGUACAUGGUCUCUGUGCAGAACAACAGAGGUCAUAUCUGUGGCGGAUUCCUUGUCCGUGAAGACUUUGUUGUCACUGCUGCACACUGUAACAGAGAUGAACCUACAAGUGUUGUUUUCGGAACCCAUAAUCUCAAGAAUACUGAUAAUGGAAAACGAAUAAAUAUUGAGACGAGAUACAAACACCCACAAUUUAUGUCUGAAGGAACUGGUAAUGACAUCAUGCUGCUCAAACUGUCUAAAAAAGUUCAACUGGACAACAGUGCUCAAACAAUUCAUCUUCCCAGUUCUGAGAUGCACAUUAAUGACAACCAGCAGUGCCGUGUAGCUGGAUGGGGUUACACUAGAACCAAUGGUAAUGUUGUUGAUGACCUGAGAGUGGUUGAUGUGUCCAUCAUUAACCCACAAGUCUGUAAGAUGGAAUGGGAUGGUCUUCCUGCCAAUGUCAUCUGUGCAGGUGGAUAUGGCACAAACAAAGGAUUCUGUCAGGGUGAUUCUGGUGGGCCUCUGGUGUGCAAUGGGAUAGCUGUUGGUGUUGUGUCUUUCAACAAGUACAGGAACUGCAACUACCCAGAUGUACCCAACGUCUAUACAGACAUCUCCAAAUACCUUGUGUGGAUCAACAGCAUCAUCAGCCUCCCUGAAACAUUAUGAGUAAAAAUCUUGUUGUUUUGCUUCAGCAUCCAGUAGAUUAUUGUGUAUCAUAGUAUCUCAUACUGCUCUGUCAGUGUGACUGGAACUGAAAAUAAAACUGUAUUUUCAAAUACCA